AUGGAAGAAAGGUUAGAAAGCUUGGACAUCAACACCACAUACGAAGAAGGGGCUGGAAGAGAAAAUUUGUCGGGCAUUUGCCCCUACAUACCUAGAAGUGUUCUGGAUAACUGGACCGCGGAAGAGAUUCCUAUAGUUUUUAGAGCUGAUUCAGAAUACAAAGCGUGCAUCAUGGGUAUCUGUGCAACCAUAGAACGCAAGAUUAAAGUGCUAGAGUUCGAUGACAUUACCUUCCGCUACCUUCCACGGGAUGAAAAUCAGAUGGCCGAUGCUUUGGCCACCUUAGCUUCCAUGAUCAAGGUAAACAAACAAGAAGAUGUCAAACCCAUCUGGAUGAGCAUUUAUAAAACUCCGGCUCACUGUUAUAAUAUUGAAGAAGAUGAAGAAAAAGAUGAUCACCCUUGGUAUCACAAUAUAUUGCAAUACGUGAGGAAUCGUGAGUACCCGAACCAGGCAAGCGAGAAUGAUAAAAGAACGUUGAGAAGAUUGACCAUUAACUAUGUCUUAGAUGUGGAGAUCCUAUACAAGAGAAGAAAUGAUUAA